UCUCUCACUCAUCAUCACUCAAAACUAAAACCAGCUGCAGAAAUUGAAACAAAACACACACAAAAAGUAAAAGAAAAGAAAAAAAUGGUGAGGCCACCUUCUAUCGACAGCAAUGGAAUGAAGAAGGGAGCUUGGAGUGAAGAUGAGGAUGAAAAAUUGAGGGCUUACAUCCAUAGAUAUGGCCAUUGGAAUUGGAGAUUGCUCCCUAAAUAUGCCGGUCUAAAGAGAUGCGGGAAGAGCUGCAGAUUGCGGUGGGUGAAUUACUUGAAACCGGGCGUCAAGAGAGGCGAUUUCAGCAAGGAAGAAAAGGAGAUAGUCGUGAAGUUGCACGCCGAGCUCGGAAACAAGUGGUCGACGAUUGCGGAGCAACUGCCGGGAAGGACCGACAACGAGAUCAAGAACUUCUGGCACACGCGCAUCGAGAGACGGCGCAAAAAAUCACCUGCUGCGAAGCCUACGAUAAGCAAAGCUAAUUCUCUCUCUACACCUCAAAAUCAGCAGCAAUCUCUCUCACUACCAAUAUUGGAUGAUGCUUCUCUCUCCCCAAAUUCAUCGCAUCAAGACGAGCUCGAGCAGAUGCUGUCUGCUGUGCUCGAAGCACACGAUUCCGCCCAGAACGAGUGUUUCGCGGCGGCGGCGGCGGCGGCGGCGGCCGCGUUUAAUGAAGAGGAGUUCGACUAUCCUGAGCUGCGGAGCAGCGAAUUAUCGUGCUCCGGAUCUUCCUACAGCUGGACGGUGGAUGAUGAUGCGACUAGUAGUUAUUAUGUUGCUCCGGCGGAGGAAGAGGGAUUGUUGCUUAGUUAUGAUCCUCUGCUUCGGUUUUUCGACUACCAGAACGAGACGGGUCUCUUCUGGUAGUCGACGAGGAACGAGGGUUUAUUCAGUGCGCAUUUUAUGUAGCGAUUGGGGGUUUCUCGUGAGAAUAUAUAUGUUGUGUAUAAAAUAAGUAUUUGCAUACCAUCAUGUAUGGGAGUUUUGUAUGUCCAAUAAUGUACUAGAGUUAUAAAUAAGAGUUAAUUAUCUAUAAAUUACUGAACUUUGUCAAA